AAUGUGCUCAGCAGGGCAGAAAUAGUCUAUCAGGUAGCAGAACAUAAAACAUGUAAAACAUCUAGUUAGAUAAUGCAUGGCCCAGGACGCGGGGAGCAGCCCGGCGCCACAAAGCAUCUCCAUGUGAGGGAUAUUGGCCUGUUUGUCUGCUUUGAUUGUGCUGAGGCAGAGCUGCUGGGACCCAGCGCAGCGUUAGUCAUUUACUCAAUCUGAUUUUUGAUUUCACUCAAGACCCUCGCUGGCUUCGUCUCCGCAUGAGUUAUUCACCGGACCGGAUUUAUAGCCGCUUCCCGCAGUCACGCUUGGUGCCAGAGCCAAUGUGCCAGAGUCCUUCUUCAUCAUUACUUUGAUAAUAAAUAAAGGCUGUAUUUAUUGAUCAUGUAUACUUUUCUUAACCUUGCCGGCCUCCACCUCGUACAGUAUCUUUUGUCCUUGUGCUCUGCUGUUCGCAGGUCUGUUUUCCAUCAACGUGGAACUUCUGCCCCCCAGUGGUGAAAACCGCUCACUGCCUCCACUCAGAUGCUCCUCAGACCAGACUAACACUUUGAAUUUGUCUUCUCCACCUAUGGAGGUUUCUUGCGUAUAACUGACUUUAAUGUUUGACCUUGACUUUGUGAAUUUCUGUGCACUACUGCACCGUGUGUGCUGACAAAUGAGCCGACUGUAGCACGCGUCAUGAAAAUACAGCUGAGCUGGAGCUUUCUCUACGAAACUACCAAACUCCUGCUGCUCCACAGGUCAAGCACUGGUCUUAAUGCUGCCACUUAGAUUGAACCAGUGAAUCACUUUUUCAUAAUCUGUGAGAACGUAUAAAAGCUGUGUUCAACAGAGAGACUAAACAUUUUCUAAAUCCCCGCUCUUGUCGUCACAGAUGCUUCCUCCUGCACCACAUCUGCCUCCUCGUUACAAAAACAACACAUUCUUCCUCCCUCACGCUUUCGCGCGUGCUGUCAUCGUUACCCUGUGAUGUCAUGCUUUUUAUCAGAGCUGCGCUCGUUAUCUAGCAUCUGCUCUGAAUUCAGUGGUUUUCAGGACAGCGCAUGAGCUGCAUCAGUUGAAUGGACAAGUCCUAAACCCCCAGUGGACAAAAUUGUCGUUAACGUGCAAUUUGCAUUUGUCAUUUCAGUGAAGGGUUUCCUGGUCGGGUUCCGGCACAGGAAAACAACUUCCUCUGCUCCGGUAGCAGCCUCUCUGGACGUGCCCAGCGCCUGCAUGUCUGCUCCAGUGCACCAUGGAGAGAACCGUGGUGGUGUCGGCCCGCAGGAGUCCCCCAGAGUACAGCGUCUCCACCUCCACCUUGGCCUUCGACCAGCACUUCACCACGACUGCCAAAGGAAUACUGCUCCUGGCUGAGAUAGUGUGUGGUAUGUUAGUCUGGAUUCUGAUCGGGGGAACAGACUACUUUCACCUGUCUGCUCUCUGCUGGGUCAUGUUUGUUGCCGUCUUCUGCUGGGUUCUGACCAUAUGUCUGUUUGUAAUUUACCUCACUGGAGCCCAGCACAGGAUCCCACAAGUUCCCUGGACCAAACUGUCACUGUGUGUGAACUGCAGUGCCACAGUUCUCUACCUGCUAACAGCAAUAACAGACGCGCUCUCCGUCAACCAGGCCACCAGGGGGCGACAUAACUACAACUGCUGGGCAGCGUCUGCAUUCUUUGCAUUUCUGACCACUUUGUGCUAUGCAGGAAGCAGCUACUUCAGCUACCUUGCCUGGAAAACCCCAGAAGAGGAACAGUAGGCUCGUUCUAUCUGGCUUCAUGGCACCAUUGGUCAAACCUGCUGUCUCACACAUGGAUAUUUAGGACUUCAGACAAGACAAGGCUUCGGUCAAAUGAAAAUAUUUUUAAAGGAUUCAUUUUAUGAUUUUAUUGUGAUAUGACUGUUAUCUCCAUUCCACGAUGACCCAAUUAUAAUACGGUUCUGGAUAUAUAUAUAUUGUAUAUAUCUGUUUAACCCUCAGAUGGAAUGGGAAAUACUGUAUGUUUAAGGACAAACUGACAUGGAAAUGUAAACAACUCUAACAUCAUCCUCAUCUGCAUCGAUUUCUUCCAUCAUUGAGUGCAGUCAAAUUAAUGCUUUUAUGGUGGCACAAUGAUCAUUAACACACAUCUAUCCUUGGGCUUUGCAAAUUGAACAUUAUACAACUUUGAACCACGCUACUCCCAUACAUGUGUGCAUGUUUAUUUGCUCCGACUUCAAUUGCACAAGUAGAAAAAAUAAGUUACAGUAGGAUCCAACCACAGGCCAUGACUCUGAAAGUGGUCUCAAGAUGACUGGAUGCCUGCAGGGUGCAGGUGUGCGUGCAUCAAGUACCCUCAACAGCUUAGUCAGUGACAAACAGAUGAGAAGCAGGCUCCGCACCUAGCCAGUCUGUGCAUGACGUUUAAUGGUGACAGAGACACACGAACGCAGUGUCAUGCAGUUCAAAAAACCAAAGCCUGCUGCAAAGGACAUAUUGAUUAUUGAUUUCAGUAAAUACAUAAUGUGGAUCAUAGUUAUGAUGAAAUGUGACUGUUAAAUUAUGUCCCACCUCAUCUCCCCAGCAGAUGUCCUGCUUGAGAUUCUGAACAUCACCUGAGCUCUAGAAAGUCAGGCGCAACAGUUUUCACUUCACUGGAAUUGCAUUAUUAUUUUAUUAAAAGUCCUAAUGUAGAGAAUUCUUAAGAUGUAAUCUUAAAUCCGUCCUAAUUUGGCACCUAUUUGUUUUGUUUGCUAUGGAUUUAAUUUACACGUCCACUAACCCUCCCUGACCCUGGCAGCAGCUCUGGUAACUGGCACAAUUACAGGUCACCAGAACCGCUCCACUAAUCACAUUACCGAACCUGUUUAGAAAGUCUAAAUGUGAGCCUCAGUUACAAAAGAGAGAAGUCCUCUUUCUCAUAAUCGUUGCCUAAUUCUGAGCAGCGUUUCAUAAGACAUUACUGCCAUUAAAACCACUCAACACAACAUUCAGCAGAAUGCUCGUGUAAUGAGAGACAAGGCGACUUCCUCAGCUGUUCUGGGCCAGUUACUAUGUCUCCAGCGCACAAACUGCGUCAGCUAAUCUCUUCGUUGUCCGUCGUAUUGGCCGUUUGGCCCCGUGCCACAGCGCCGGUGACAAAGUUGUUCAUUUGUCCUCAAAAUUAAAGAUAAACCGGGCAAGUUCAAGUGCGAACCGAAGGUCGUCUGGCUCAGUGACAGAAACAAAGUGAUGACAGGGCUUUAAGAGGGAAAAGAGCUUUCUACGUGCUUUAAUAGGCGUCGUGCGCUUGCUCUGCUGUUUGUUUAACUGAUCACUGUCAGACUCGUUAAAGUAGUAAUUAUCAUUUAUGAAAACUGGUUGCUGUAGGAUGGUGUGAUCUAGUUUCUUCUAACCACAGUCACUCCAGUUCACUCCACAAAACACCACACAGCUACAGCUGAACAGGCAAAGGGCCGUGACACUGGACUUGACUGGUGCUUUGAAAAGUCCAUACUGGUCUAAAGUGCAGCGCUGACUGUGGCUAGGAGUCAGGAUGGCUUUGGCCUCUUAUCAAAGGCCUUUAAUCAGAUGCUUCUGCAAAUAUACAAAGCUACUGAAAAUGAGCUACGUGCCACCGAAGUGUGUCAAGUGUGUCAUGGACAAAGUCACACAAUCAAGUUUCCACAGUCAGCAGUCCUGCAUGAAAUGACUCUUUCUGGUGGAUCCACAGAAAAGAUCAAGGUAUAGUAGGAUUCAAAGACAUGAUUCAUUGGAUCGGGUCACAUAGUUGUAAUAUUGUAAACUUUAACAAAUAAUAUUUGUUUUUUCUUACAAUGGAAGGAUCUUUUUAAACGUUGACCUUGUUGGAAAUAACACCCACCUUGUGAUUCAACCACUGUCUCCUGCAAAGAAUUUGGGCUUCACAGUAAAUAGGUCAAUGGAAAGCUACUCUCACUGUAACUUCACACAUUAACCCUGAUGCACAGAGCUCAGUCAAAGCUCCAUUGUCAUCAGAUUUAAAUCUGUUGCAUUACGUCAUUUGUAGUUAAAGGUAUCUGGGAAGCCAAUGUGAGCGAAGCAGUUUCCCUCAGGAAGGUUACAGCUGGAGGAGAGAGGAGGAGGGAGAGCAAUGCGUAGCAGUGAUGCCAUAUAUAGUUACUGUAUGUGGGUUUACACUCUCCAUUAAACGUAGUGUUUCGCUAACGGUUUGAUGGCAGCUGUAAUUUCCACACGUACCCACUCUCGCUGUAUGACACAGGUGUUUCAUCCAGUCCAAACCAGUUCUCUGAGCUCCAAGAUUUACUUUCGCAGCCUGCUGCAAAAUGCAGAACAAACGCUUAACUGCGUUAACCUGCUUUUUUAAAUUGCUUCCUAACGAGGAUUGAAAGUCCAACUUCAGCUAAUUGGACAUUGAUGUGUGACCCACGAGCGCUGAAUUAAUGCUGAAUGACACCAGGGAAGCACGUGGAAACGCAAGCAGCAGGUUUUAGAACCUGCUUCAGCCGAAUGAACAGAUAUUUAAUAAACCAAAUCUACAGCACACUGAAACCUUUGAACCUUUGUUUAAUUUAUACCUGCUUUAUUUCAACUGUCACUUUUCAUGCUUUCACAACUGGGAUCACAACUUGCCUGAAAGCAAGGUCCUGUGUAGAAAACACGUUUGUCAUUUUGACUUGAAUGCUGAAUGUUUCUUAAAUAAAUAAAUAAAUAAAUAAAUAAAUAAAUAAAUAAAUAA